GAGAGGAAGUAAAUGCUAUCAACAAAAGCGGUGCGUUCGUCAGUAGUGGUGACACAAGCAUCAUGGCGGCCAGAGUUCCUAAAUACAGUGGGAAAAAUUUAGUCAUUCAAGCUAGAAAUGUUGGAUCUCGGCAGUAUUAUGAGCAUGAUGACAGGGGAAUGGCGCGCAGCAGUGGUGGCGGCAGUGGCCGAGGUAACUUUAGGUACCACAAUUCUGGAGGAAGGUACCGAGGAGGAAGAGGAGGGCGGACAUGGGAUGCUAACUGGGAAGACGGUAGAAGCAGCCGUUUCGUGGAGGGACACUGGCGUGGCAACAAGAGAGGUAGCAACAGAGGGGGCCAUGGCCCACGCAGACCUCAAUAUAAGGAUGAUGAUACAGAGAUGACCGGUUCCAGGGAGAAGAAUCGGCGCCAGGACAUGUACAAGCGGCGUGGCGGUCGAGCCCAUGUUAACAAUCACAACAACAACAGGAUGGGCUGGUACAAAGCGAUGAUAAAAGAUGGUGUGAAGUACGACCGCCACGAAGUCUUGGAAGGCAUUCGAUCUCUUGUCCAUGAGCCAUUCAUCCCAGUGCUGUAUGAGGUGGAAGGGAAGUCCUUGGUGUUCUACCUGGAGGACAAUGGCCCUGCUGUUCAGGCCAUCUCUGAAAUAAACCGUCGACUCACCAUGGCUAACGGUGAGAAGCUAAGCAUCUUCUUCAACCGCUCCCCUCCACCAAAUCGGCCCCUCACUCAGCCUCAGCGAGAACAGGUCAUGCAAGUCAUGAGUGCUCGCUACUCACCAGAGAUGAAAAGGCUUGACCUCAAAAAUUUUCACAAUGACACCACGCUGGUGAAGGAGAGCAUUUUCUGCCCGUUGUACCGACAGCCCAACAUGCAGAUUGUUGUCAACAUCAUCAUGGAACACAUCCCUCAUGUAGAAGAAAUUGACCUCAGCCACAACAAAAUAACUUGCUUAGAUGAGCUAGAUCGCCUUAUGUCAUCCUGUACCAACCUCCAUCGACUCAGCUUAAAAAAGAAUAAGCUCACCAGCCCAGAGUCCUUGGAUAAACUCUCUGGAAUGCAGAUUACUGAUCUUACCUUGGAAGACAACCCUCUCUGUGACAGAUUCCGUGACACAGAGAGCUACAUCAGUGCUGUGAGAAAGCGGUUUCCGAAAGUAUUGUACUUGGAUGCCCAGGAGCUACCAAAACCAAUUGGAUUUGAUGUUGAUGAAGAGGUCACCAAAAUCCCAAAGUCUAUACCAACAUAUUUUGUUAACCCAAAUGCACAGAACCUGGUAACAGUCUUUCUGCAUGAGUAUUACAAGAUCUUUGACACUGCAGACAGACUAAAGUUGCAGGAAGCAUACUCACAGCAUGCAUUACUAUCCCUCUCCUGCAAUUUCCCCGAAUCAGGACCAGGUGCCCGAUUCACCUCACUCUAUAAUGCAGAGAAUAGAAACCUAAAGAAAAUUACCAACAAUGAACGAAGAUACAAGUUGGUGGUGCAGGGACGCAACAACAUUGGCAAGUUCUUGAGUUCCUUGCCCCAAACCAACCAUGAUUUGAUGUCGUUUGAAGUGGAUGUUCCCUUAGCUGAGGCCACCCUGAUGCUAGUGGUGGUGAGUGGAGUGUACAGCCAAAUUGCAGACCGCAAUCCUCCCAUCCGCUCCUUCAAGCGCACUAUGAUCAUUGUCCCUGAAGGAAGCGGUUACUGCAUCACCAAUGAGCAACUCUAUCUCACCAAUGCUACUGUUGACCAAAUUAAGAAAGCUUUUAAAGAGCCUGUGCCAAAGGAGCCUCAGCCAGCUGCAGUACCUAAUGUGGAAGCACAGCAGAAGGAGGCCAUGGUCUUGAAGUUUUCAGAGGCUUCUGGAAUGUUGCCUUGCUACUCCCUACAAUGUCUGGAAGAAAAUGGAUGGGACUUUGACAAGGCUGCAACAGUGUUUACAAAGCUCAAGGCAGAAAACAAGAUACCCCCUGAAUAUUUUCCAGCCAGCCAACCCUGAAGUGUUAUUAUGAUAUGGUUGAUUUCAAGCUUCUGAAUGGUGUGUGUAUAUACAAAUAUUUUCACCCGCACACACAUAUUUUUCUUUGUGAAUUUAGAAGGAUUUAGAAAUAAGUUCAAAAAUAUAUGAAGAGAAUGAAUUCCUUUCAAAUAUAAUGCACUACAAAGUGAGCCUGAAAGACCCGUCCGGUGCCAAAACUUCCCUCUGAUGCAGAGGAGGAUGGAAUUCCAGUAUUGACAAAACCUCUUACCUGGUCAUUUCCAGUUAAAAGCAGCAUCAUGCAUGUGAAUUGUAUCUGUACCUGUGCACUUCACUGUCAGUUUAAAGGAAGUUUCAUGCUUAUUGCAGAUGAUAUAAAGACUGAGAUUUUGUGAAUAGUUGGUCCAAACUUUUUUGUGGUAUGGGCAGAGUAUGAAAAGUAUUCUAUAACUAGAAAUUUUGUUAUGUAUAUAUCUAAUACAUGUAACAGCAAAGUUAUUUUAUUUUAUCUUGUUGCAAUCAUGAAUAGAAAAUACACAUUCAUUGUCAGUAUGCAUAUAAUAUAUACAUGUAUACAUUUUGAUUUAGUGAGUUCCUACUUAGUAAUCUAAUACAACAUUGAAUGAAUGAAUAUAUAUAUAUAUAUAUAUAUAUAUAUAUAUAUAUAUAUAUAUAUAUAUAUAUAUAUAUAUAUAUAUAUAUAUAU